AAAUAUUAAGAAUUUUUUUGAUAAUAUUACAACAAAUGAACAAGACAAUCUUGAAUUUGGAUUUGCAGAAGCUGUCUUUCAAUGUGGUCUUCCUUUUUUAUUUUGUGAACUAGCUCCAAUCCAAGCCUGGAUUAAAAAAUUAAAACCUUUUUUUAAAUUACCUCCAAGAAAAAAAAUGUCUAAUCAAUUAUUAGAAGAUGUUUAUAAUAAGACUAAAUUAAAAGUGGAUAAAA